AUGUCCCACAUCCAGCCCCGGUCGUUUUCUGCUCCUCCCACUUCCACAGGCAACCUUUCUCCUUUCUCCAUCCCCUUGGCAUCUCUACCUCAUCACAUGCAGUCCCGAAUUCCAACAGAUGACGAUGCAUCAUUUGUAAACGAAGCUGAGGAAAACGAGCAGCUCCAGCAGCAUUUCCAGAAGCAGUACGAAGCCAAGUUCCUGAUGGAGCUCCGUGUGAUCUGUAAGCGGAAGCAGUUGAGGGUCCGCGGUAACAAGUCAGAACUUGUAUUGCGGUUGGCGCAGAACGACAUGCGUGAGUUGAAUGAGCGUUGGAUUUAG